GGACGCUUGUGCUGAGCGCGCGAAGGCAUACUAGUCCCUCACGCUCGGCUGCCCGGUUAGCUCUCUGUUAGCUUAGCUACCUUCACACAAUGCUUUAAACAGCACCUGCACACGGCCUAGGACGAAGCUCGUUUUAUCUGCAUCGUAACUGUAAUCUAACAUUUGUGUUCCGUCGGCUACUCCAGAUAAACGCAAUGGCGGACAAGGAAGCUGGCGCAUUUGAUGAUGCAGUGGAAGAGAGGGUGAUCAAUGAGGAGUAUAAGAUCUGGAAGAAAAACACUCCUUUUUUGUACGACCUGGUUAUGACCCAUGCUUUAGAGUGGCCCAGCCUCACUGCUCAGUGGCUACCUGACGUCUCCAGGCCAGAGGGUAAGGAUUACAGUGUGCACCGACUGGUGCUGGGCACCCACACGUCUGAUGAGCAGAAUCACCUGGUCAUUGCCAGUGUCCAGCUGCCCAAUGAUGAUGCCCAGUUGGACACCUCGCACUAUGACAGUGAAAAAGGAGAGUUCGGGGGUUUUGGCUCAGUGAGUGGCAAGAUUGAGAUAGAAAUCAAAAUCAACCAUGAAGGAGAGGUGAACCGUGCCCGCUAUAUGCCCCAGAAUCCCUGCAUCAUUGCCACUAAGACCCCCACCUCAGACGUGCUGGUGUUUGACUACACCAAGCACCCCUCCAAGCCAGAUGUUUCUGGAGAGUGUCGCCCUGAUCUGCGUCUCAGAGGCCAUCAGAAAGAAGGCUACGGGCUUUCCUGGAACUCAAAUCAGUCAGGUUAUCUCCUUAGUGCAUCAGAUGACCAUACGAUCUGUCUGUGGGACAUCAGUGCAGUACCCAAGGAAGGCAAGAUAGUCGACGCAAAGACAAUCUUCACCGGUCAUAGUGCUGUAGUCGAAGACGUCUCCUGGCAUUUGCUUCACGAGUCACUCUUUGGCUCUGUAGCAGAUGAUCAAAGGCUUAUGAUCUGGGACACCCGUUCUAAUAACACCUCCAAACCCAGCCAUGCAGUAGAUGCCCAUACAGCUGAGGUCAACUGUUUGUCCUUUAACCCAUACAGUGAGUUUAUCCUUGCCACUGGCUCAGCAGACAAGACUGUGGCUCUUUGGGACUUGAGAAACCUGAAACUGAAGCUGCAUUCCUUUGAAUCACACAAGGAUGAGAUCUUUCAGGUUCAAUGGUCUCCUCAUAAUGAAACCAUUCUGGCUUCCAGUGGAACAGACCGUCGCCUCAACGUUUGGGACCUCAGUAAAAUUGGAGAGGAGCAGUCACCAGAAGAUGCUGAGGAUGGUCCACCAGAGCUACUGUUUAUCCAUGGAGGCCACACAGCCAAGAUUUCUGACUUCUCCUGGAACCCCAACGAGCCCUGGGUCAUCUGUUCAGUGUCUGAAGACAACAUUAUGCAAGUUUGGCAAAUGGCUGAGAACAUCUACAAUGAUGAAGAUCCUGAGGGUACAACAGACCCUGAAGCUACAGCAUAACACUCCUGCCUGCUGUGUGAAUUUACCUACAGCCACAUCACAGACCAUCACCUCAGUAGUUCAGUGCAGCUACUUCCUAAAUGGGUUCUGCUUUACCAGUGGGACACUGUAUGCCACCAACGACUAAAUACUGGAGAGAGUCAUUGUGUAUGCCUGGUUCAUUUUUGAUUACUCAAUAACGGACGCUCCAUAGUAACUUACUGUCUGAAGAAUCUCCCCUGUUUUUUGCAGUGCAUCAAGAAAUAUAUUUUUGUAAUCAGAUUGGCUCUUCCUUUUACACUGAAAAGUUUUACACAAGGCUUUUCCAAUAAAAUUGUUUUUUCUAGAACCUAAGGUCGUGAUCAUACUGACAUUCCCAUGCCAGGUUUUCAUAAAUAAUCUUAUGUAUUAGUGCACUUGUGAGACAUUAUGAUGAAAAAAUGUCGUAGUGGCAGUUGCUGUGUCUUUGAUGGAGAGGUUGUUUGAAGCUCAUUGUUCCAGAAAUGUGUAAAAAAAAAAAAAAAAAAAUUUAUUACGUCAGUGUGAUCACCACUGAAUUGUUUUAAUUUCUACACAGACCAUUUCUAUGGAAGUAGGGUAAAUUUGUGUUUGUAGUGUGCAUUUGUGGCUCUACUUUUUCUUACCUCGCUUGUACCUAACUCAUUUACAUGUUGUCGUAUAGACUAGAAGUUCUUUUUUUUUUUCUAUCUGUGUUCAGUAUUUUGAAGUUGUGCAUUCUUAAUAAAGUGUGUCUAACGUCCA